AUAUGAGUGUCGGGAGUUGAUGGGGAACACGUCAUUGUUUAUACUUUACUUUCUUCCUUCUAUUGUCCAGAAAACGAUUCGAGAAGACUUUAAAGAGUGCACCAUUCUGACUAUUGCUCACAGAUUAAACACAAUCAUGGACUCCACUCGUGUCCUCGUUCUUGAGAAGGGAGAGGUUGCUGAAUAUGAUUCACCACAAAACCUCUUGCAGAAAAAAGAUUCCAUGUUUUACUCCCUGGCGAAAGAUGCGGGUCUGGUUUGAGGGUUUAGAGCUAGUUUCGGGGAUAUGCGAGAAAGGAUUGAUGUCGUUGAAGUUCAUAUGUGCCCCCCCCCCCCCCCUCACGAUGAGCGUUCCCCGAGGUGACGCGAGAGAACGUUGGAGCAAACGCCUUGCGCCCCUGCGGGAGCUCGGGGCUGGCAGACGUCUCCACACAGCUGCUUGGCGGGUUGGCCUACCCAGUGCGUUGCAGGCGCUUUCAGUAGCGUCGCCAGUCUCCACUACUGUUCAAGUUCAAGUAGGGGUAACACGUUCGGACGAGGAUCUUUUAUUAUACUUUGAAAUCAGUUGUGUUUGUUUAGUUUGGAAAUUUUGUAAAAGACAUUUCCUAAAGUCCAUCGGCUAAAAGCUCCUCCGCGUAAUGUUCAGCAGCCUCAGCAGUCCCCACAAAGUCAUGUAAAUAACUCGCUGUGCUUUACACACAAUACUUUAUUUUUAAGUAAAACUUGUCUAGUAUUUAAUAAAUAAAUUAUUUUAAAGAAAGUACUCAGUGUAUUUUUUAUGUGCUCUGUGGACAUCCCCCUGAAGAGCGUAUUUCUACCACCUUUUACCCCAUUGGUCGAGAUGGGUCCUGUUCCUGUAUCCCAAAGGGACAUAAAUCUAGAAAACGCGAACACCCAGGUACCCCUCACGAUCUCAAAGGAUCUUAUUCCCUGAAGGGGAAUUCCCUGUCCACGCUCACGGCUCACUCCUCGCGGUUGGAGCGCGCAGCAGGUUGGGGGCACGACAGCGCUUAUAGCGUUGCACGGCAACAGGCUUGAGUAAGGGGACCAACUACCAAAAUGGGGAUUUUUGAGAAGUUUGAGAAACUACGUGUUAUAAUUCGGUGGAAUGGGGGGUGGAAGGAAUCACUUCUGAAACUGUGUUACUAUGAUGAUUUGAAAAUUGGAUGCCUGGUCGGGACUGACCAGUUUGGAAACAAGUAUUAUGAAAAUAACAAUUACUUUUUUGGACGAAACCGUUGGGUUGAAUACAAUCUAGCUGUUGGGUACGACUAUGAUGCUUCCAUGGUUCCCCCAGAAUGGUUCGGCUGGCUUCAUUAUCGCACUGAUUACAGACCCUGUGAGGAUCCUACAAGACCGUCUUAUUCUUGGCAAAAACCGCAUAUAAUGAAUCAAUCUGGGACUCCAUAUGAAUAUGUACCUUAUGACACUACUUUACCGAAAAUUCAGGCAUGGGUACCCCCUAACAAUAAAAAAGCUAGCCAAGACCAAGACAAGCCUAAUACAUUAAAAUCAUGUGUUUACCUCUCGAGGUAA